AUGGAGAAACACUUAAAGAAUGUUCUUGUGGUUUCCUUUGGAUUUCUACUUCUAUUUACAGCAUAUGGAGGUCUUCAGAAUCUACAGAGCAGCCUUAAUGAUGAAGAAGGACUAGGGGUGGCUACACUCAGUGUUAUCUAUGGAGCCCUGAUCCUGUCUUCCAUGUUCCUUCCUCCAAUUCUCAUUAAGAAAUUUGGCUGCAAGUGGACCAUUACAGCCUCCAUGUGCUGCUAUAUUGCUUUCUCUCUGGGAAACUUCUAUGCCAGCUGGUACACCUUGAUCUCCACCUCCAUAAUCCUAGGUCUAGGAGGAGCCCCGCUGUGGUCAGCCAAAUGCACUUACCUUACAAUUAGUGGAAAUGCAUAUGCACAGAAGGCAGGAAAACUUGGGAAAGAUGUCAUUAACCAGUAUUUUGGCAUCUUCUUUCUCAUAUUUCAGUCCUCCGGUGUAUGGGGGAAUUUGAUUUCAUCUCUGGUGUUUCAGCAGGAGCCUACCCAAGGAGAAAUCCCAGGUGACCAACUGAUGCACUGUGGAGCAAGUGAUUGUUUUACAACCAGCACAUCUACAAACAGUACUAAGCGCCCAACAAAUGAGUUAAUCUACACCCUGCUGGGCAUCUAUACUGGAAGUGGUAUUUUGGCAGUGUUACUGGUUGCUGUAUUUCUUGAGCAGAUCCCAAAUGAUCAACUGGAAAAUGCAGAUGAAAGAGGAAAAGUAUCUUUUUGGUCCAAUUUCCUCGCAACUUUCAGCAUCUAAGAUAAACGGCAAUGUCUCAUCAUUCCACUGACAAUGUAUAGUGGAUUUGAGCAAGGAUUCCUUUCUGGUGACUAUACAAAGUCGUAUGUCACCUGUGCCCCUGGGGAUAACGCUAUGUUGGCUUUCGUAUUGAUCUGCUUUUCAGCCACUAAUUCCCUUUGCUCUAUGCUCUUUGGAAAGCUCUCUCAGUAUACUGGUAGAAUGGCUUUGUUUGUACUAGGUGCAGUGAUACAUUUUUCCUGCAUCAUCUCCCUUUUGCUAUGGAAACCUCACCCUGGUCAGAUGGCUGUAUUCUUUGUAUUCCCUGCCCUCUGGGGCAUGGCAGAUGCUAUUUUGCAGACACAAACCAAUGCCAUCUACGGAGUUUUAUUUGUGAAGAACAAGGAGGCUGCUUUUAGCAAUUACCGCCUUUGGGAGUCUCUCGGAUUUGUCAUUGCUUUUGGAUACAGCACAUUUUUGUGUGUCAACAUCAAGUUAUAUAUACUGCUUGGGGUACUGAUUUUGUCAAUGGUGACCUAUGGGAGUGUUGAGUACCUGGAACGUGGGAAACCAUGUGAGACACUGGCUGAUAAAAAGGAGAGUGAAAUAGAGGAAACAUUUACUCAAACAAAGAUGUAAAAACAACAAAGUGCUUGAGGAGGUACAAUAAGAAGGCCUUAGAAUGGUUUUCUCUAUAGAGGCACCAAAGUAUUAAAUUGUUUUCUCAGAGUAAUUUCAGUAUUGGUAACGAUACUUCAAUGUACUUGUGAUCUCAUGGAUGUGAGUAUUCUCUCCCUCCAUUGGUGCAGAUCUUGACCUAUCCAGGCCUUUUCAUCUUAUUUAAUUCUUGCCCAUACUCUCCUAUAGAUCUUCCACAGGGAAUUUGUGCAAUGUUCUGGAACUUUCCUCCAGAUCUUUUUAUAUUGGGGGAAGGUGGUAUUGUGAUAUUAUAGCUAUCCAUCUACAAUCCCUUCCCCUUGCUAUAUGACUGGCCCACUUCCUUUUCUUAUCAUAUAUUUCAUAUUCUGUUUCAUACAUGUGGGUGAUUGUUGGAAAUAUGCUUCAGCCCACUUUGACUUACCUUUUCAGUUUUGAUUCUUGGAAGAUUGUGGUGUUCAGAGAUUCAAAACUAUACAGCUUUGCUGAGAGAACUUUUUAUAAAACAUUUGAAUUUUUAAAGUUCAUCAUCAAAAGUACUAUACAAUCUUCCAAAUGCAAUAUAACCCUUUGUUUUCCUCCUGUUCAAUUCUGGGCCCAAAUCAUCAUCCGUCUUUCCUGUCCUUAUGGGUACCAGAAUAUUAUGUAAUGCAAUAACUAUUACAAUAAUAUAAUAACCAUUUAAUUUCUUGUCAGAGUCUAGACAAUAUAUAUUUUUCAUUCUUUCAUUUUUUUCUGGAUAAAUUGUUAUAUCAAUCUUUUGCAUAAUCAUAAACCUAACAGAGGAGAUGUAUUACCCACAAAGCCUAAUAAACCAGAUCAGUAUCAUCUUCAAGGAGAAAUAUCUAGAGGAUUUAACAUGUAUCAAUAUAGCAAGUUUAAGGGUCAUGGGAUUGGCCACAUUUACUUUUAGGUCACCUGUCAACCUCUAAGAUGAUCCAGAGGUAAUUCUGGAUGUUUUCUUAGUAAUUAAUAAAAAUAUAUUGCUUUUCAUUAAAUAUUAUUUAUUUAAUAAACUGGAGAAAACUUU